CUGAGUGCUGUGAGUGGUGCUGUGCUGCCAGGGAUGCUGGAGCUGAGCCCCCCCCGGGCACUGGGAUACUGGGAACCAGUGUGAGUCAUCACAAUGCUGGUGGGGAAGGAGAGGAGCAGGGGGUGUGCAGGCAGAGAGUCCCACCUCUGCAUGAAGAGAGGAGGCUGCUGUGCUGUGGGGCUGCCCAUCCCCUUCCAGAUGCUCAGAGCUGCGCCGUCUGCUACAGACUGAGGAGUUGAUCAUCUGAAAGGAGCACAGCAGCCUGCAUCAACAACGUGGCAAACUUCACUCUCCUUCAGAGCCAGAAGUGGAUGAAAACCAACUUCAAGGAGCCCAGCUGCCAGCUGCUUCACACGCAGAGGCUCUGAUCGACCCUCAGACCCUACAGAGCAGUGGUGGCACACAUCUCAAGUGACACUGCAACAGCCUCCACCUGGCCAGGCUUCUGCAAAACCUAUUUGUAAGACAGAGUCAAGGCUAGCAAAAGGUAAUUUAAAGCACGAGUGACUAUUCCUCUUUGGAGAAACCUGGAUUUGAGACCCUAUGGGAUGUUUUUUGCUACUUAAAUAUUCACUCUUCCCAAGGAGACAGAAAUGACUUGCACCUGUGAUUCCAGUACUUCUCAUCACAUUAUCCUGGAAAGCGGGAAAAGCAGCCUCAGUUUUAUGUAGCCUCAUUUCUGCAACCCAGGAACAAUGCAAAAGGGGUUAAAUCUGACUUGCAAACAGUGGAUUUUAGCUGUGCUAGAAUGGUAAAUAUUUGGGAAGAAAAGUAGGCUUUCUACUAUGUUUUUGGAUCCUUCUCAUUACUCCUGGUGCUGCACUGCUGAAACUUUCUUUAAAAAUCUUCCACCCAGCAAAGUCAGGCAAUGUUGCCUGUAGGACAUUCUGAGGACUGAUCCCAUCACUUUUUCUACCUGAAAAGGGCGUGAAGUACAGUAGCCAUUGCCAGUCACUCACCAUGGUUUUCCUCUCUGGGAACUCAUCCGACUGUUCCAACUGCACCCACUCUGCAGGGCCCGUGAACAUUUCCAAGGCCAUUUUGCUGGGUGUUAUCCUAGGGGGGCUGAUCAUUUUUGGGGUUUUGGGUAACAUUCUGGUUAUCCUCUCUGUAGCCUGCCACAGGCAUCUUCAGAGUGUCACCCACUACUAUAUAAUUAAUCUUGCUGUAGCUGACCUCCUCUUGACAUCCACUGUCCUGCCCUUCUCUGCUACUAUGGAGAUUUUGGGCUACUGGGCCUUCGGGAGGAUCUUCUGUAACAUCUGGGCAGCUGUUGAUGUCCUUUGCUGCACUGCUUCCAUUAUGAGCCUCUGCAUCAUCUCGAUAGACAGAUACAUCGGGGUGAGCUACCCACUGCGAUACCCCAGCAUAGUGACAGAGAAGAGAGGCCUCCUGGCUCUGCUGUGCGUGUGGGCGCUGUCUCUGGUCAUCUCCAUUGGACCUCUUUUUGGAUGGAAGGAACCAGCACCCGAAGAUGAGACCAUCUGCCAGAUCACCGAAGAGCCCGGCUACGUGCUGUUCUCCGCGCUGGGCUCCUUCUACCUCCCACUGACCAUCAUCCUGGUGAUGUACUGCCGAGUGUAUGUCGUGGCCAAAAGGGAAAACAAAGGUUUGAGGUCAGGGUUGAAGAUGGAGAAAUCUCGUUCUGAAGCAGUGACCCUACGGAUCCACCGCAAAAAUGCCUCCGAAACGAGCGGGGCCACGGCCAGUUCUAAGAGCAAGCAUCACUUCUCAGUGCGUCUCCUCAAGUUCUCCAGAGAAAAGAAAGCGGCCAAGACCCUGGGAAUUGUAGUGGGAUGCUUUGUUCUGUGCUGGCUUCCAUUUUUUGUAGUCAUGCCUCUUGGUUCUUUCUUUCCUACAAUCAAACCCCCGGACACACUUUUUAAAAUAACAUUUUGGCUUGGAUAUUUAAACAGCUGCAUCAACCCCAUCAUCUAUCCAUGCUCCAGUCAAGAGUUUAAGAAAGCGUUCCAAAAUGUCCUGAGAGCGCAGUGCCUCCCAAGAAAGCAUGCAGCGAAAAAGCAACCCCCAAGCUUCAACCUCAAUCAUCCCAACAGCCAAAGCGUGGGAGGUGGCAGAGGUGUGGUCCGUAUCCCCGUCGGCUCGGGAGAAACCUUCUAUAAGAUUUCCAGAGCCGAUGGGGUCUGUGAAUGGAAGAUUUUCUCUGCCGCGCAAAGCGUGCCGACGAAAAAUGCGAUUCCUAAGGACAAGUCCAGCUGCACUGCUGCCAAAGUGAAAAGCAAAGGCUUCCUCCAGGAGUGCUGCUGUGCGGGCACUGCAGGGAACGCGGUGCAUGAAAACUGCAAAGUGCCAACCAUUAAAUUUCACACCAUGACCCUCAGUGAGAACGGGGAGGAUGUCUAAAGGCUCUGCCAGUGUGAGGCCACUGCCUUUUCAUUGGGAUUAUCCAUUUUGUUGGGGAUUGAAGUUGAUGCUAUAGCAGUUGAAGGAGUUGGGAUGAGGAGUUAGCAUGCUGGAAAAGAGAACCAGGCCUUGUGGGGAGUGAUGGUGGAGUGCUGUUAGCCUGAGGAAAGCCCUUUAAAGACAGUGAAUGGCUUCAGUGGAUGGUGAGCGCCCUCUGCUCUUCGAAGAGACGUGGUUUCCCUGAGAUUUAAAGGCCUUGUUUUCACCACAUUUCCCUCUUUUAAAGUCCGGCUGCUCAGAUUUAGAUGUGAUGUGGGAGCAAGAGCCAACUACAAGGACACCGUACCAAUUUCAGCGUGGAUGCCUGCAGACAGCUCCAAGUUUAGAGCCAAUUCUGUGACUUUUUUUUUUUUUUUUUUUAAUAUAUAGAUGUACAAACAUUGAUACAGCAUCCAGGAGAGCUGAGGUUGGGAGGCUCAGGUCUUGGGACAGUGUUUACAGAUCUCUGCUUACGUUUUGUUAAGGGACUGUGGACGAGAAUGAAUUCCUACCGUGUCUUGCCUCUUUUGUUCAUCUCCUGCUUCGUCUGGGGAGAUCCUACAGCCCCUGCUAAAGAGCAGGCAGCUCUUGGGGUGACACCUUUGGCUGGGCAGUCCCAUUUUGUCCUCAGUGUGUCACAUCCAAGCAUUGCACAGCAAACGCUCCUCUGGCUCUUGCACUGUUUGGAGUGGCUCUGAGUUUCCCUUGGUGCUGAACAUGUCAGUAAGUUGUACAGCCAAGAGAAACUUGAUCCCAGUGGUGCACUCCUCUUAGCUCCAGAGACAAGAACUUUUCUGUUUUACACAACCAAUCUCCCCCAAAUCCCCUGAUUGAAAUGAAAAUCUGCAUGCAUCCUAGGUGUGUUUGAAAGGUUUCUGCACUUUGAUGUCUGAUAAAAUUCAAAAGGAGGUAAGACAUCUUCAAACAAGGCUUGAACAGGUCUCUUCUAUUCAUCCGUUUGUCUCCCUUCUUCCAAGUUUAGCAGAAAACACCUGAAACCUCAGAAACUCCUGGCCCAGGUGCUUUCCCCAGUCACACCUUCAGGUACUGCUGUGCCACAGUCACUGGAAAAGCUGGAUGUCCCAUGGUCCCUUUGCCCAGCAUUAUGCUACAUCCCUCUGCAGUGCAAAGUACCCUAAGCCUUCCAACCCCACGUACCAUGAGGUCAGGAAAGUUAUCCUACUUCAGAGCAGUGAGAGCUAAACCCAGUAACUAACUUAAGGCCAUACAUCCUCAUGAGAAUGGCCCCUUCCUAUGGGAAUUUGGGUGAAAAACAUUUGGGAGCCUGGUAUAUUUUAAUGCAGCUAAUCUAAACAAAUAAAUAAAUAAAGGGGGCUGCUCAGCAUCUGGAAAAAAAUACAGAGGAAUUCUCUGUGCAGUAUUAGAAAUAGGCAGCUCUUGACAUGCCUCCUCCUGAGCCUGCCAACUGAAAAAUGCAGCUUCCUUGAAACAACACAUGAGCCUCCACUCAUGUCUCAGCAUCAGCUCCUGAGACGUGCAGGAUAUGCACUGGUUUGAAAAGGAAAAAGGCUUAAGAUCAGCGUUUUCAGGAUGGGACCUUGGAAGGACAAUCCUGGUAAUCUUGAUGAGGAAUCACUCUUUGUUCAUCUCUCAUUCUGUAUGGUCUCCAGCAUCAAGACAGUAUUUGUUCUCUCAUUGAAAUGCUGGGUCAGAGAGUUACAGAAUGUCCCAAGCAGGUUAAAAUUAGAGAAAACUUCAAUUCCAGUCCUUAUUGUCAGGCUCUUAUUUACUUCCAAAAACGUGUACUUGCAGGUAGCAUAUCUGUAGCAUUGUCCCAUUUUUAUUUAAAAUAAGAAAUCCACUCCACCCUUUGAGCUUUUCCUCAGGUUUUCAAUGAUUGGAAACCAGGAGUGCUAAAAUACCAUGAAUAAAUAUUCUCAUGGUAUUUCAAGCCAAGACCAGAAGCAGAAAAGCUGGAAAUCUCAUAAGAAAGUCAUAUGAGACUCCAAGCCAAGGUUCUUGGUCUCAUGGGGUUCAAAUACGUGGGACACUCACUUGAAUAAAACCUGAACUCUGAAACACUGAAAAAACACCCAUUAAAUGGAGCUGAACUACUCAGACUGAGUAUCUCCACUGCAGCCAGGUUCUGCCCCAUUUGGACGGAUACCUGCUGUGUAACUCAGACCAAAGGGUCAUUGUGCCCUCUCUCCUUUGGAGUUGUGAGAAUUCCGACCUUAGGUUUGUUGUAGGUUCCGCAGUGUCAGGCGUGGGGUUGUUGUGGAGGUACAGGUAGGUUGGAGCAAAUGGGUUUGGUCAUUGAAUUUCAGAGCAACACAGUUGGAAUCUGCAGUGAGUAUAAAGCAUGCUGGUGGCAAUGUCUACGUGGACAGGUCUAUGUAGCAUCGUGCUUCAAAGAGGCAGAGGUUAGGAUAACAAAGUGGGAGGUGGUCAGAUCACAGUGUCACGACUUUCAUUAAACUGUAGAAUCAUUAAGGUUGGAGAAGACCACUAAGAUCAUCUAGUCUAAUCAUCGACCCAUCUCCACCAUGCCCCCUUAAGCCACAUCCACUGGACCGCAUUGAUCCAUUAAUCAACGCGUCCCAACUGGAAUCAGAGAGCAUCCUGCUGUCCACCAUUGUGGACACUGCUGUCGCGUUUCCCACCAUCCACACUCAUUCAGAUCAACAUUCUGUUUUUGGAUUUUCACAUGCUCUCUAAGAUUAUUCAGGUCUCAAAUUUUCUAAGGUUUUCCCGUUGUCCAAAAAAAUGCCUCCGUGUUUUUUCUCUGCCAAGUCCAAGGAGAAAUUACACAUUGUGUAAAGUGAUAUUUUCCUUUGCCAGGCUUCUGUGGCAUUGGAAGGAGGAAAGGCUGAGUUCAGAAUAUUUCUUGUUCUUCUGCUCGGAGUCAGCAGACAGAUUUCACAAAGUUCUUCAGUCUUGCAAAAUGCCCUGCUUGACUCCUUGUGUUUUCCGAGGGUUAACGAUGGCUGGAGCAUCAUGUACAAGCUGUGGUCAGCUAGGAAAGUUCUUAACACCAUGCAGAAGUGGAAGGUCCUAGCUAUGCCCAGAAGUCAACUAACACAUUCUGUAAAUGAAUUUAUCCACUAUUUCUUGCCUAAUUGCAACGAGACUCCCAGGGAGAAGGGUAAGCUCUCUGGCCAGACUAAUCCUUUCUUUCCCCCACUACAUCUUAUAACCUAGACCUUUCCCAGCUACGAAAGGGAGCUAAUCCAAAACAUCAUCAACUACUUUUUGAAGGUAUUCACAAGCAAACGGUUUAAUGUAUGACAGCAUUAUGGAAAUCCAAGGCACUACAAGAGCGUUUGUCGUGCGUUAAAACAAAGAUCUCCCUCCACCUAGCUUGAUAAAUGUAAUUGAAUCACUUCUUUCCCAGGAGGAGGUUAUAAUGUUUGUAUUUGAGAUUCAAGUAAAAUGUCACGCAUUCUAGGCAGAGUGUACUGCAUAUUUCUCAUACUGGCAGAGCAGGGGAAAAAUAGCUACGGGGAAAUGAAUUGCUAAAAAGAAAGGCUGGUUAUUGCAAGCAAAUAUCGGAAAUAACAUGUCUUUUAGUUGCAUGACAUGCUCAGAGUUAAUGCGGAUUACUGUCUGUUAUACCAAGCUCAAAUCCAAGCUGAAAAACAUCCUCUGCUUCAGCAUCACAACACUUCUAGGUCGUUUUCAGAGCCAGAAUGUCCAAGGGUUUACACCGGAAGGCAGAACUGAUUUUCCAUUACUCAGUGUGUCAGACCAAAGGACAAGAGCUUCUUGUAUUGACCUGCACUGCAACUGUCAAAACUUGGCCCUUCUUCUGAAGAAACAAGGAAAAAACACCUUAAAUCUAGUCUGCAUCAGAUUUCCCUUUAGAAAGCAGCUCCACUCUGCUAAUAACCACAGCAUCAUUAGUCUGUGGUACAAUGAAAACGUGCUGAAUAUCGUUAAGUGCUCAGUUGUAUUUAUCUUACAACUGUGGGAAUUGUACGCAAGCCGGGGCCGUUAUUUUGUUGUUGUUGUUUGGAUGGUUUUUUGUUGUUUUUUUUUUUUUUUGCUUAGACAGCCUUUGGCUGAAAAAGUAUUUUAUUUUUCCUUCUGUCUGCAGCAGCACUUGGCCUGCAUGUCAUUCGCGUUUGGCUGCCAGUGGUUUCUACGGACAUUUCUUGAAAUGGGCACUGCAUUUUCUGAACAUGGUAUUCCAGUGUCACUGGGGUUUGUACAUGCUGUUUUUAUAGACUCGUUAUGAUGCCCCUUGUUCAAACAGUCGUACUGGUCAUUUCCUUGAACAAAAUGAAUGUAUGUGAAAUAUCGCUUGGUGAACAAAUAAAUUAUUGGGGGGAAUGUG